CAUCACUUGGCUGAUGAACUGAAACUCUCCCGGAGAAACCGAGGGAGGAAGAUGGCGGCCACUGACCGUUCCCGGUCCGAAGCGGCGAAGCAGCGGAGGCAGGAUCAGCUGCAGCGGUGGCAGGGCUCGGAGACGGACCAGACCGGGGCGGAGGCGAGGAGCCAUUCCGUCGCCCCGGGACACCGACGGGCCCGAGUGCGCUUCGCCCAGGGUGCAGUGUUCAUGGCCGCCUGCUCCGCCGGGGACCGGGAGGAGGUGGCGGAGCUCUUACGGCAGGGAGCAGACAUCAACCACGCCAAUAUAGACGGACUCACGGCGCUCCAUCAGGUAUCCCAAACUUCUCCUCUUCUUUACGCUUAAGUUUGUCUCACUUUGGAUA